AACACGAUUGUCCCUUUUGGUGCUCCGUAGUUUUUCCUCUUCUUUACCUAUUUAGUAGCUAAAGAUGGCGGAAGCUCCUCCAUGGCCCAACCGGUUUUUCUGUCACAGAUGCUCAGCAGAAAUUAGUCCUCGGCUUCCUGAUUAUAUAUGUCCGAGAUGUGAGUCAGGGUUUAUUGAAGAACUGCUGGAAGAAAGAAGUGCCGACAAUGGCUCCACGUCUACCAUCUCCAGUGGGCCCCAGAACCAACAACCAUUUGAGAAUGCGGACCAGCACUUGUUUACGUUCCCUUCGGGCUAUGGCCAGUUUGCCCUGGGUGUCUUUGAUGAUAGCUUUGACUUUGGAGCUGGACUGGCAACAGAGGAUAACCGGGAUGCUGAAAACCGUCGGGAAAGGGAAACUGCAUCUCGGCAGCGAUAUGGUGCCAGGCAACCAAGAAGUCGCCAUGGUUCAAGACGACAAGCAGGGAGGCACGAGGGAGUUCCCACUUUAGAAGGAAUCAUUCAGCAGCUAGUAAAUGGAAUAAUUGCACCUACGGCAAUGCCAAAUAUUGGUGUUGGACCCUGGGGUGUUCUUCACUCAAAUCCUAUGGACUAUGCCUGGGGUGCUAAUGGACUAGAUGCUAUUAUAACACAGUUAUUGAAUCAGUUUGAGAAUACAGGGCCUCCACCUGCUGAUAGAGAUAAAAUAAAAAGUCUUCCUACAGUACAAAUUACAGCCGAGCAUGUUGCUUCAGGACUGGAAUGUCCAGUGUGUAAAGAAGAUUACAGUGUUGGUGAAAAUGUGAGGCAGCUCCCAUGCAAUCACAUGUUUCACAAUGAUUGCAUAGUCCCCUGGCUGGAACAGCAUGACACUUGUCCAGUGUGUAGGAAAAGUUUGAGUGGACAGAACACAGCAACAAACCCUCCAGAACUAUCAGGGAUGAAUUUUACCUCCUCCUCUUCCUCCUCGUCAUCCUCAUCAUCCUCCUCAACGCCCCAGUCCUCAAGUUCGACCAGCAAUGAGAACUCCACAGAUAACUCGUAGGAAGAACAUGUGUCACCCCAUGAGCUGUUUUUAGCUCUCAGGCUGCUGUACUUCAGCGCGGUGACCUUCAUUCUCUCCCUGCCAGAGGGCAGAAACCCGAGUGCAUCUCGCCAGGAGCACUCACGCUGAUUCACGGAUAAGUGAUACAUGAGGCCCAUGUAUUUCUGCCCAUCCUGUUGCUCCCACCUUCAUCAGGAUUCUGAACAAAGGAAGGGCGGAGACCUGGAGUGCAGCUUCAGUUAGGGAGGAUGUGGAGAAGCAUGGAAACUUCAAGAGGCUUGAUCUGCUUGAAUCACCUCAUACAAGAAGAGAAAAUAAAGGAAUCCAAAGGUAGAAGACCAGAACAAGACAGUUGCUGUUCUUAUUUUUUUUUUUUUAAAUCUCUUGUUUGUUUUAUGAUCCACCAUUUUUCCAAGAAGCAAGAGAAAAAUAUACAGUACCAGGCAAAAGCCAAACUUUUCUGGUACUGUAGCUUUUCCUUUUAUUUAAGCAGCAUUCAUAUCUCACAAAUAAAAUGACUCAAAGUGCAGUAUAGUGCACUGCUUAAGUGUGCACUUUGUACUUGCUUUGAAAAAAUAUGUUAUCUGAUCCCUUUAGCUCUCUAAAGAAAUUUCCAAUAAUUUCUACAGGUAUUUUAUUGUCAAUCUCCACCUGCCAUUUUAAGAUUACCUGACACCACACAGGUACCACUGAUUGCACUUAAAUUGAUCUGUUAAAUUGAAGUAAUUUUUGUGUUACUACAUACAUGAUGAUUUAUCAAAGUUAUAUUUGCAAGCAUAAAACAAGUUUCCAUAUAUGAUACACGUAAAACAUUUAGAAACAUUUCUGUGCAUUUUAAUUUAAAGAUAAAUAUUUUCUAAAGUUGCCAGUUGAAUACCUCUUGAUUUGCAGUAUGAUUAUGUACAAACAAAACUGUUGAACUAAUGAAAAUAAAGAUGUUUGGGUGCUACCACUUAUUUCCUGUAAGUCAUUCUUAGGUUGUGGUUACAAUACUGUAAAGGCUAUACAAUAAUCAGUAAUCAGAAUCAAUAUUUUUUUGCACUCCAACUGUGGUGCUCUUGUUAGAAACUAGAUGGUUGUGCAGUAAUCAAAAAAAAAAAACAACCAAAAAAAUGGGCAUUUUAAAAGAUGAGACAAAAAUAUCUUUUUCUAGUACCAAAUAAAAAUAAUUAGUACUAGGUUAACUUAAGUUGUGAGUUGUUUUGGUUCCCAUUCUAAAUGAUUUGUUCCUGUCAUGACGUCUUUAAGUCUCUUAGAAGAACCAAGCAUCAACCAGGGAACAAUGACCCCAUUAGUGAGCAACGGUGGACCUGUUUUCAAUGCAUAAUAAGAUUUUGAGAUAAUUCUGUACUUUCAAAGUAAGGCCUGGUCCAAAGGCAUGCAGCUAGUAAACAGAGUCUAAAUUAAAUCCUUCACUGGUGUACUUGCCUGCCUAAUGUUAUCAAUAAGCCAAAAAAUUCUGUUUCCUUUAAUUGUUUAGCCAUAUGGGUGUACUUCCUCUACAUUGUACUUCUCUUCAUGGGUUUUAUGUUCAAAGGCCUUUAAUGUGAGGGGAUUGUUAUGGACAGAACAUUGAACUUGUUGGAAGACAGAUGAAUACAUUUGACAUAUAGCUCUCAGUUUGAUCUCACAAUGGGAAAUUACUGAUUCAUAAUUCCUUAAAAAAAUUGUUGACCUUAUUAGUGUUUUGUAGCUAUGAACCUUGGAAUAUCUCAGACUAUUUUAAAAUUUUGAUUACUAUAGAUUCAGUGGACUUACCAUUAUAUAAAAUAUGUAAAGUGAAUAUGUAGUUAA